AUGAGUUUAACACAUCCUUUGGGGUUUGCAGGUAAGACAGAGGAAGCAGGGGAAGGAAAUCCUGUGGAUGCUGCCCUACAAGAAGUGCUUGGCAGCGGAGGGCAGCACGUCAUCGCCAUUGUCUCAGACAGCAUUGCCCUCCCUAGCAGCAGCCUCAGCCAGCCCUUCAUCCUCAGUGUGCAGGAGGGGCAGCAAGUGUUAACUGUACCUGUGGCUCAGGCUGCAGAAGAGACUGCCCUUGAAGAGACAGAGUAUGCAGAAGAGGAGCAGCCGGUGGCCAAGAAGCAGAAAGGGGAACAAGAAGCCUAUGACCUGGGAGAAGACAAGGACAGCGCUGGAAGGGAAGAGCUCCAGCAGCAGCUGCAGGAGGUGAACCGGCAGGCUCAGGAAUUCCGCAGCCAGCUCCUGAGGAAGGAGCAGGAGGCUGAGCAGUACAGGCUGAGGCUGGCAGCCAUGGGCAGGGAGCAGGCAGUGCUGGUGCCCCAGGCUGAGCCACUCGUGGUGACCUCGGAAGACAUCGAGGAGUCCGUGUUGUCCAUGCUGGGAACGGAUCAGACCAGUGAUGGUGCAGUGGAAACUGCAGCCUCCUGAUCCUGGGGUUUGGAAAGGAAGAUCAUUGGGGGGGGGGGUUGUUGGCAGCCACUGUUGAGUGCCAGGGGCUGUUGGCAAAGCCACCCCAUUGCCAGGGGCAGGAGCUUCAGCCACGUGCAACACAGCUGCUUUCAGCUGUGCCAAAGGUGCCUUUACAGCUUCACCUAGAGAAACUGGAAGCUUCCUAAGAACAUUUUACCCGGCAAGUGACCCGAUUUGGGAUGUCAAUACCUGCAUUGUUGGGGGGGGAAGGAACCUCCUCCUUGCCCAAGCAGCUGGCAUCAGCUCUCAGCUGCCUGGAAAUCAGAGCACCAAAACCAGGCUUUCUGGAACAAUCUAAGGUGUUCGCUCCCUUCUGUGAAGUCGAGUGACCAAAUCUGGACCUGCAGUAAAAGUGGUUUCUUGGGGUGUUCCUUUCAAACCCUUCAGAGGUGUGGGAGGGAUUUCCCCUUUAACCAGAAAGGGAAUGAAUUCCAUGUUCUUGCAAACCCACAAACCUCAGCUGUGUGAUGGAGAUAACCUGGAGGCAGGAGGAAGGGCAGGGGUGAAUGGCAGGCAGAGCAUCUGGUGCCUCAGGGAGUGUGAUGCUUCCCCCUCAUUCCCAGAGCAGCUCAGGGGGUCCUGGCUAAGCCCUCCCCACCUGACGGGAUCACCAGGAAAGAGCCUCCUGCAUUUCAGGGUAUUUGUUGUGUUUGGCACUGACUGAUGUGUGAACCUGUGCACACAGCUGCUCCCAUGGUGUGGGUGCGGAGCCGGCUCUGGACAUACCUGUUCACUGCACAGUCCUUAAGGGAACUAAAGGCUUCUUGAAGAAGCAGCUUUUGUUAAUGUUGCGUUGCCAGCAGGUCAGUGCAUAUCCUGAUGUUGGAGAUGUGGCACUAGAGAUGCUCAUAGAGACUGAAGACAUUCCCUGCUGGCUCCGAGGGAAUGACCCCAAGAGGAUCCUACAGCUCUGCUCCUGGCAGCUGGGCCUGAAGGGAAGGCAGCAUCUGCUGCAUCCCCUCUUCAGCAGUGCCAUCCUCAGGCUCACCAGUGAGCGGUCAGAGAUGAGGCCUCCUGACCCUGUUGUCUUAAAGGCUUUGUGGGACCGGAGGGUUUGGGGCAUCUAAGUGCAUUUAUUUAUAACCAAUGGAGCUCUAUUUAUAACCAAGACUUUUUUACCUUUUUUUCCCAAAAGAUGUUUUGAAGAAGACUUUAAUAAUUAUUUGUUAUGAAUGA